AAACAAAACUAAAAAGAGAGUUAGUCAGAAUCAAGUUUGAUUCAAGUGAAAAUAAUUAUCUUAUUAGAAAUAACAGAAAUAAAUUCGUUUGAAAUUGUCCUUGGGAGAGUCAUAUGCAAAUUUUAAUCCAGUUUCUUUUAUGAAACUUUAUAACCCCAUUAUUGUGACGAAACUGACACCAUAGUUUUAAUUAUUCUAUUCUCUGAUAACAAACUCACGUUUUAAUAGAAUUUUGCUAUCUAAUAUGGAUAAUACAAUAAGUUGUAAUUACAACUUAUUUGUUCUCGCAAAUAUCAAAUAUUUGCGCUUUUAUCUUUGUAUAAAUCGCGAGUAAUUCUGCAGGAAAUUCUUCUGCAUGGUACGCGUUAUCGUUUGUAAAGCAAGUGUUCUUUUGCUUGCAACGGUCUAAGCUGUUGGUGCGUCAUCGACGGAUGGAAUAGAAUUUCUGUGUCGCCGCUGAUAUUUCUCGGUCAAGUUGACCAUCACCUUCCGAAGGCACACAAUCGGUUCCCCCUCUAAAUGACCGUGCACGCCAAAAAGACUAUCUCGGCACGGAUCACCACAAACAAGUGCCGCAAUUUAACAAUUUACAUUGUUCGCUACUGUUGUCCACAACCAACUACAAGCAAUUCGCAGUGCGGAGAGAGAGAAAAUUGUUUGGUUUUGCAAAUCCACGUUUGCCGUCGCAUCAUUUUUUUUCUUUUUAUAUCCGGCACUGCAUAAGCGACUCAACAGGUAGAAUCACCAUAAGGAAGGAGUAACGAUAGUUAUGCUGCUAAUGAAAUAUCAUUUCGACUUGUUCCAUGGACUUGAUAGUGCUUUAGUGAACUUAAUCAUGGAGGCAGGAAUAAUCAACGUCAACAGGAAUCAUAAUUCCAGAUAAAUGGUUUGUGCAACAGAAGAAUCUCGUUCAAUAGCAAUGGAGAAUCUCGGAUUUCAAGACGUAACGCAACCUCCGAAAUUCGGACGAUCAGUUUCGGUUAAUGUAGAAGCCGAGAGUUUUCCUUUAUACCACACACCACCAUCAUCGAUUUUACGAUGGAGAAGGUACCGAGGAGAUCCUCAAGAAAUGCUCGAAGAAGAAUAUCCUUCCGAAGAUAUCGUUUAUAUGGAAUGUGGUCCAUCCCCGCCAUCGGAUCAUACCCCAAAUAUUUACGAAAGUUUCGAAGAAUUUUCCUCAAACCACGAACUGACCGUGCAAAUUUGUCACGACACUAUCAAAAUGAAUUUGUUAGAACAUAUGAAAUCGUUUUCGGGGCGACAUCAAUUUUUGGAUGAUAUUGAGAGUAAGAAAACGGUUUCGGAAAAUUUAAACGCACAAAUGUUGGGUGCGUCAAAAUUUGAGAUAAACACGGCAUUUUUAUGGGCUGCUUUUUUGAAACGUUGGGAUAUUUUACAAGGUUUGUUGGAUUUGGGGGCACAAUUACAAUAUUAUGAACCAAACCAAGGAUUAAGUGCUCUUCAUUUAGCCGCAUUUAGCGGCUGUAUACCUGGAACUCAAUUUUUAAUCGCUUUAGGAUCGGAUGUAAACGCUUGUUUUAAAUGUUACACUCCGUUACAUUGUGCUGCAUUCGGAGAUUCUCCGGAAACCGCAAUGGUUUUAUUAAACAAUUCCGCUAGAGUUGGAACUUUAACUUCAAAUCCUAAUAAUUGUCAAGAAAGUGUUUUACAUUGCGCUGUUCGAGCAAACGCAAUCGCUUGUGUUCGAUUAUUUAUAGUUGAAGGAGCUGAUGUUGGGCAAGUGGAAUAUGCUGGGAUUUCACCCGUUCAUUUAGCAGCCGAUUUAGGACAUGCGCAAUGUUUAAGAAUUAUGUUAGAUCCAAAAAAUGUUAAUGUUAACGCUAAAACGAAAGAAAGAGAACAAACCGCGUUACAUUUAGCUGCUGAAGGUGGAUACACAGAAUGCAUAGAAAUUCUUUUAGAAAAAGGAGCUGAUACUAAUUCACAAAAUCAUCGGGGACAAACACCACUUCAUUUAGCAGCAAGAGCUCAAGCUUAUGACUGCGUUGAAAUGCUUUUGAGAAAAGGUGCUGACGCAAAUAUAGUGGAUUAUGAUCGAAGAUCUGCAUUACAUGCUGCAGUUGGAAAAGCAGCGAGAUCUUAUGAUAUUAUUGAAGCUUUAGUUACUUGGGGAGCGGAUGUAAAUGCAAAAGAUCAAUAUGGUUACACACCAUUACACAUUGCAGCUUUAAACGAAUUAUCACAAGGUGUUGAGGUGUUAAUAUUUCAUGGUGCUGAUAUAACCGCGAAAUCUAAAUUUGGAAUGACAGCUUUAGGGAUAAUAACAAGAAAAACACCAGCUUCUUUAGCAAUGAUUACUCAGAAAUUGGACGCUGCGAUAACUUUACAUCAUCAUCCUGAAUCGUCAAAUCGCGAAGUUGAGUUACGAUUAGAUUUUAGGAGUAUUUUACAACAUUCCCAUCCGAAAGAAAUUAAUUUUUUGAAUACUUUUGUUGACGAGGGCCAAAAAGAGAUUUUGCUCCAUCCUUUAUGCUCGGCUUUUUUAUAUUUGAAAUGGGAAAAAAUCCGCAAAUAUUAUAUCGCGCGAAUGUUAAUUAGUGUUAUUUUCGUUUUAAGUUUAUCGCUUUAUGUUUUAACCGCUUUAGCACAUAAUUGUUAUAAUCAAGGAAAGAAUAUGAAUGAAAGUCAACCGCAAAAUUUAUUUGAAUUAUGUGAAAAGAAAUCAAUGCUCGGUCAUAUGUUAAGACAUAAUCCUUUUGUAAUUGAAAUGCAAUGGUAUGUUUUGGUUAGUAUAACGGGUUGUGAGAUUUUACGAAAAAUUUAUGGGAUUGUUGGUUAUCCAACUGUUCGCCAAUAUUUAUCUCAUCCCGAAAAUAUAUUGGAGUGGAGUGUUAUUGCCUCUGUGUUUGUAAUUUCUUUUAUUUAUACGGGAAGGACUUAUACUUGGCAAAAUCAUGUUGGCGCUUUUGCCGUACUUUUUGGUUGGACAAAUAUAAUGUUGAUGAUUGGUCAACUUCCCAUUUUUGGUUCCUAUGUUGCAAUGUACACACGUGUACAAGGUGAAUUCGCAAAGUUACUAUUAGCUUAUUCUUGUUUAUUAAUAGGUUUCGCAAUUAGUUUUUGUGUAAUCUUUCCUGAUUCCUCUUCAUUUGCAAAUCCAUUUAUAGGUUUAAUAACAGUUAUGGUUAUGAUGACUGGUGAAUUAAGUUUAGAUCUUUUAUUAGAAGAUAGCGACGACCCACCAUUUUUAUUAGAAAUUAGUGCUCAAGUCACAUUUAUACUAUUUCUUUUCUUUGUAACUGUAAUUUUAAUGAACCUAUUAGUCGGUAUAGCAGUACACGAUAUUCAGGGAUUACAAAAAACGGCUGGUUUAUCAAAACUAGUCAGACAAACCAAGUUAAUCUCAUACAUAGAAUUAGCUUUAUUUAAUGGUUACCUUCCCAGUUAUAUGUUAAAUUUAUUACAUUGGACAGCUUUGGUUUCACCUAAAGCUUAUCGAGUUGUUUUAAAUGUUAAACCGUUAAAUCCAAGGGAAAAACGAUUACCUAGAGACAUUUUAAAAUCCGCCCAUGAAAUUGCGAAAAAAAGAAAACAUUACGGACAUACCAUUUCUUCGCAUGGUAGUACAGCUACCAGUUAUGGCAAAAAGAAAUGGAUGAACAAUAAUGUCGAUCGCAUCGAAACCACUGACUUGGUAAUUGAUUACAGCAAUUAUAUAAAUAAUUUACAAGUUACAGUUGAUAGAGCGAACGAAAAGAUUGAUUUGUUAACUAAUGAGAUUAAAGAACUAAAAAGUAUAUUAUUGGAUACUAUAAAAUCAAUGGAACCAUCGAGUUCUAAUAAGGAAGAUACCAACAGUAAUUGUUAGUAUUAAAACGUGAGGAUUAUAGGCUGUUACUGAUUUUCUUUUUUGAGAUAAAAUAUCGGUGUUAGUCUCUACAUAGUUACUGUAAGUAGAAGCUAAUUUGCAUCUUUUUGAAUAACUCCUCAAUCUAUUCAAUUAUCUUUCGUGAUCGAUCUAUGAGUGGUUUUUUGAAUAACUCCAAUGGGAAAAGAUAAAAAAGAUGAAAAUGAAUCUUGUACAAGAUUUUCUUCUUUCAAAGACGUUUGUACGAAAUGUCUUCAUCAUUAACACAAUUUACUAUAAAGAUGAGCGAUAGAGACCAAUAAAAAUUAAUCAGCAUUACUAUAAGUGCUCAAUCCAGAAAUUCUACUAUAAUAUUUGAAUAAAACAAUAUUUAUUCAUAAAGAUGCAAAAUAGAAUAGCAUUGGUUUAUAGUAUUAAAAUUUUGUUAUAAAAAAAGUUUUUAUCGUUUAAAAACCGUUAUAAAAAGAACACGAGGUUAAUUUGUUAUACUCAUAUAAAGAUUUUCUGGCGUAUUUUAUACACAACUAACAAACAAUAUAUUUUUGAUUGUUUUAAUGUAGGAUAUUGUAGAAUUAUAGUUAAAAAAUACUUAUGUGAUAUUUUGUAUCUUAAGGAUAUAUGUUAAAAAUCUUUAAUAAAUAAUGUAUU